CUUUGUGGUCAGUCUAGCUGCUGUUGUUUAUCGUUGAUAGCCGUUUUUCUUUUCUUGCGAUGCUGUCUUUUCGAAAGACCCCUUCCGCAUGAUCACAGUUCACAAAAGAAAAGGCUCACGGUUUUUUCGCCUCUUACCGCAUCUUUUCUUUCCAAAUUCCGUGGUCUGUGUACAGAUUUGUAGUCUGUCUCAACAAAGGGUUUGUCGGAGGAGCAGUGGUGUGUAAGAGGCAGCCAUGGACACCACUACAUCCAUAAAGAUGACCACUCUGGCCAUCCAGAACCUCUUCAGCUAUGUGGAAGAGGAAAACCUGGCCGCGAUCAAAGCCCAUUUGGAGAAGUUCAAGGAGGUGGAUGGGAGGAGCGAUAACGGACAGACGCCCCUGAUGCUGGCCUCAGAGCAGGGCAGUCUGGAGAUUGUACAGGAGCUCAUCCGGAGGGGUGCUAACGUUAAUCUGGACGAUGUGGAUUGCUGGACGGCUCUUAUCUCGGCUGCCAAAGAGGGCCAUGUGGAGGUUGUGAAGGAACUGCUGGAAAGCAGUGCCUACAUAGAGCACAGAGACAUGGGUGGCUGGACAGCCCUCAUGUGGGCAGCGUACAAGGGCCGUGUGGAGGUGGCCACAGUUCUCCUAAAGAACGGUGCCAAUCCCAACACCACUGGACAGCAGUAUAGCGUGUACCCCAUCAUUUGGGCAGCUGGGCGGGGCCACGCGGAGAUCGUUCACCUCCUGCUUGAGCACGGGGCCAAAGUCAACUGCUCUGACAAGUAUGGUACCACGCCCUUGAUCUGGGCGGCCAGGAAGGGCCACUUCGACUGCGUGAUGCACCUGCUGGAGAACGGCGCAGACGUCGACCAGGAGGGGGCGAACUCCAUGACGGCGCUGAUCGUGGCGGUGAAGGGCGGCUUCACCGAGGUGGUGAAGGAGCUGCUCAAGCGGAACCCCAACGUCAACAUGACCGACAAGGACGGCAACACGGCCCUCAUGAUCGCCGCCAAGGAGGGCCACACCGAGAUCGUGCAGGACCUGCUGGACGCCGGCACCUACGUCAACAUCCCCGACCGGAGCGGGGACACGGUGCUCAUCGGGGCGGUGCGAGGGGGACACGUGGAGAUCGUGCGCGCCCUGCUUCAUAAGUACGCCGACAUCGACAUCAGAGGCCAGGACAAUAAGACUGCGCUGUACUGGGCUGUGGAGAAGGGCAAUGCCACCAUGGUGAGGGACAUUCUGCAGUGUAACCCAGACACGGAGACCUGCACCAAGGACAGCGAGUCUCCCCUCAUCAAGGCAACCAAGAUGAGGAACAUCGACAUAGUGGAGCUGCUCCUGGAUAAAGGGGCCAAGGUGUCUGCCGUAGACAAGAAAGGGGACACGCCCCUCCACAUCGCCAUCCGGGGGCGGAGCCGCAAGCUGGCCGAGCUCCUCCUGCGCAACCCCAAGGACGGGCGGCUGCUGUACCGCCCCAACAAGGCCGGGGAGACGCCCUACAACAUCGACUGCAGCCACCAGAAGAGCAUCCUCACCCAGAUCUUCGGAGCUAGACACCUGUCCCCCACGGAGUCGGACGGGGACAUGCUGGGGUACGACCUGUACAGCAGCGCGCUGGCGGACAUCCUGAGCGAGCCCACCAUGCAGCCGCCCAUCUGCGUGGGCCUGUACGCCCAGUGGGGCAGCGGCAAGUCCUUCCUGCUCAAGAAGCUGGAGGAUGAAAUGAAGACGUUUGCGGGGCAGCAGGUGGAGCCGCUCUUCCAGUUCUCCUGGCUGGUGGUCCUCCUGUCCCUGCUGCUGUGCGGCUCGCUGGCCCUGGUGCUGGGCUUCACCGUCGACCCCAACCUGGCCAUCGCCGUGUCCCUCAGCCUGCUGGCCCUGCUCUACGUCUUCUUCGUGGUGGUGUACUUUGGCGGGCGUCGGGAGGGGGAGAGCUGGAACUGGGCGUGGGUCCUCAGCACCCGCCUGGCUCGUCACAUUGGCUACCUGGAGCUGCUGCUCAAGCUGAUGUUCGUGAACCCGCCAGAGCUCCCAGAGCAGACCACCCGUGCCCUGCCUGUCAGGUUCCUGUUCACGGAUUAUAACCGGCUCUCCAGCGUGGGGGGGGAGACCUCCAUGGCCGAGAUGAUCGCCACGCUGUCGGACGCCUGCGAGCGCGAGUUCGGCUUCAUGGCAACCCGGCUUUUCCGCGUCUUCAAGACGGAGGACACUCAAGGGAAGAAGAAGUGGAAGAAGACGUGCUGCGUCCCGUCCUUCGUCAUCUUCGCCUUCAUCCUGGGCUGCCUGGUGACGGGCAUGACGCUGCUGGCGGUGUUCAAGGUGGACGGGCGGAACCGGACGGUGAACGCGGUGCUCAUCGCCGUGGCCUGCGUGGUGGGCCUGGCGCUGGUGCUCAACUGCCGCACCUGGUGGCAGGUGCUGGACUCGGUGCUCAACUCCCAGAGGAAGAGGCUGCACAGCGCCGCCAACAAGAUGCACAAGCUCAAGAGCGAGGGCUUCAUGAAGGUGCUCAAGUGCGAGGUGGAGCUGAUGGCCAAGAUGGCGAAGACCAUCGACGGCUUCACCCAGAACCAGACGCGGCUGGCCGUCAUCAUCGACGGGCUGGACUCCUGCGAGCAGGACAAGGUCCUGCAGAUGCUGGACACGGUGAGGGUGCUGUUCUCCAAGGGGCCCUUCAUCUCCAUCUUCGCCAGCGACCCGCACAUCAUCAUCAAGGCCAUCAACCAGAACCUGAACAGCGUGCUGCGCGACUCCAACAUCAACGGGCACGACUACAUGCGCAACAUCGUCCACCUGCCCGUCUUCCUCAACAGCCGGGGCCUGAGCAGCGCCCGGAAGAUGUGCGCCGCCGCCCCCGCGCAGGCGCCCGCCAACGGCGACGUCGCCAACGCGGACGGGUGGCAUGAGGACCUGGACAGGAAGCUGUCCCAGCACAGCCUGGGCGAGCUGACCAAGGUCGGCAGCAAAACCACGCUCAACCGAAGGGACACCUACCGCCGCCGGCAGAUGCAGCGGACGGUCACGCGCCAGAUGUCCUUCGACCUGACCAAGCUGCUGGUCACCGAGGACUGGUUCAGCGACAUCAGCCCCCAGACCAUGAGGAGGCUGCUCAACAUCGUGUCCGUCACAGGCCGGCUUCUGAGAGCCAAUCAGAUCACCUUUAACUGGGACCGCCUGGCCUCCUGGAUCAACCUGACGGAGCAGUGGCCCUACAGGACGUCCUGGCUCAUCCUGUACCUGGAGGAGACCGACGGGAUCCCCGACCAGGCCACGCUCAAGUGCAUAUACGAGAGGAUCUCGAAGAACAUCCCCACCACCAAAGACGUGGAGCCCCUGCUGGAGAUCGAUGGGGACGUGCGCAGCUUCGAGGUCUUCCUCUCGUCCCGCACCCCCGUCCUCGGCGCGCGCGACAUCAAGACCUUCCUGCCCUGCACCGUCAACCUGGACCCCAAACUUCGGGAGAUCAUCUCGGACGUGCGUGCGGCCCGAGAACAGGUGACCAUCGGAGGACCCUAUCCCACGCUGCCCCUGCAGGAUGCCCCGCCCCGUGCCCCCUCGGUCUUCAGCCAGCACUCGUCGGCCUGCUCCCCCACCGCCUCGUUCAACGGCCCCUUCAACCCCCCCGGCGUGGUGUCCCCCCAGCCUCACAGCAGCUACUACAGCGGCAUGACCGGCCCCCAGCACCCCUUCUACAACAGGCCAUAUUUCCCCCAUCAUGUUUAUCAGCUGCCAAGGCAGUACUUUGGCAACACCCAUCAUAUCCUGCUACGCCCACCCAUUAAAACUGCGUUUCCCAGGGAUCCGAGCAAUGGACUCCAGUUUAAGUUACAGUCUCUCAAACCGAAACAGGGCUCUGCCUCCGUAGCGUCCGGCGCCACCGUGACCCUGCUGAGCUCCAUGAACACCGACGCCGUGUGCGAGCGGGUCAAGCAGAUCGAGGGCAUCGACCAGAGCAUGCUGGCCCAGUACACCGCCACCAUCAAGAAGGCUAACGUGAACGGCAGAGUCCUGUCCCAGUGCAACCUGGAUGAGCUCAAGAAGGAGAUGAGCAUGAAUUUCGGAGACUGGCAGCUGUUCCGAGGAGCGGUGAUGGAGCUGCGUCACGUGGAGAGCCAGGCGAUGCACGAGGUGGCGGGCAGCGAGCAGGGCAGCAGCGUGGCGGGGCACGCGGACCCGGCCCGCCGGGCGGGCCCCCCGCACCACGAGAACCCUGACGCCUCGCCCAUGUACCACUUCAACCUGAGCUUCGAGGAGCUGAGCAACGUGGGCCUGGAGGAGCCGCCGAGGCACAGCAUCCCGCCGUGGACGGUGACUACACACAGGACGCCCAGCAUGUCCAGCCUGAACUCCCAAGAGUCGUCCAACGACAUCUGCAAGCUGACGGACAAGCAGCAGGCCGAGUACCGCAACGCCUACCAGGAGUACAUCGCCCAGAUGGCCGGGCUGGAGGGGUCGGGCAACGUGGGGGAGAAGCCGGUGCAGCCGCACCCGGGCCAGUUCAUGCACUCCUCCUCCUCCUCCGACGACAAGGGCAAGGAGGGGGCGGAGCCGGACGGGCGCAAGCCCUACGGCAAGAGAGGGGGCGUCAAGGCCCCCGACCCGGCCGACUACGCCUCCUCCACCUCCACCUCCUCCUCCUCCUCCUCCUCCUCCUCCGCCGCCGCUCCCGCUGCCUCGGCGGCCGACGCGGCGCCCCUGGACCCCAUCACCGAGGAGGACGAGAAGCCCGACCACGCCUCCUCCAGGGCCGCGCCGGGCCGCCGGACCUCGGCGGAGAGGGCGGGGCUCUUCCAGGGGGCGGAGCUGAAGCUGAAGGGCACCGGCCUGCGCUACCAGAAGCUGACCAGCGACGACGACGAGUCGGAGGAGUCGGACAACGCCCCGCUCCUCGGCGACGGCAAGAAGCCGGGCCCCGAUGGCGGCGACGGCGGCGGCGCCCGCCCCCCGGCCAAGGGCAAGGAGUACCUGUCGGACGCCAUGCUGGACAAGAAGGACUCGUCUGACUCGGGCGUGAGGUCCAGCGAGAGCUCGCCCAACCACUCGCUGCAGGACGAGGAGGCCGACCUGUCCCAGCUGGAGCGGGCCAACCUGAUCGAGCUGGACGAGGAGGGCCUGGGGCGCAAGCGGGGCCUGGGCCUCCCGCACAGCCUGAGCGGCCUGCAGGACCCGGCCGUGGCCCGCAUGUCCAUCUGCUCCGAGGACCAGUGCAGCCUGCUGGCCAGCAGCCCCGAGGAGAGCUGGCCGUCCUCCAAGACCUUCAACCUCAACCGGACGCCCAGCAACACCACGCUCAACAACAACUCCAACGCCCAGCGCGGGCCGCCCGGCCAGGGCCCCACCUCCGCCCCCGAGGUCAUCGUGGCCCCCUCCGCCGGCACCACCGCCAACACCACCAGCACCACCACCACCACCGGCGUGCCCGCCGUCGACAACGUGAGGGUGGUGCACCUGAAGAGGAGCAUGAACCCGGGGGAGGCGCCCGAGAUCCACAUCGUCUCCACCUCCGACGCCGUCACCUUCGGGGACGAGCGGGAGAGCAUCCUGUGAAGGCCCAGGUCUCCCCUGGAGUAGGUCCAGAUGAUCGACAUCGUCCAUGGUGCAUGCGUAGUAAUAUAGAGUAAUAUAGGUAGUUGGACAUUAAAAAAAACAAACCUUGCAUGUUUCAUGGUCUGUACUUGUAAGGUAGUAUGUCAAAGUGCAGUACGGUGCAGUGUUAAUUCGUAAGUGCAGGUUUAAAAACAGUUUUUUUUUGUUUAGUAGAACGUAGUGCAUGUUUGUAGAUUGUAAAACUAAAAGUAGCUGAAAAAACAACGGCUAUUCCAAGCAUGUUCAUGCUUAAACUAAGCUGAUUAACUUGUGCAUGAAAGAAGCAUAUUUUGAAAAGCACUUAGCACGUUGAUUUAUUUAUGGUUGCUAAUGUCACUGAGACGUGUUUGCUUACGUCUGCCGAGUUCUGUACUGAGCUUGCGAAGUGGUAGUUAGAGAAGAUUGUGGCGUUUCUAAUGUUAAAUGGCUUAGUGUGGUGUUAGAGUAAAUACAUACUUGAAAUGGCAUGUCCAGUGUGACUCAAAUAGUUUUUGCAAGGUUUACGGAUUUAGAAUUGAGUGUAGAUUAAUUGUAAUAAAUAUAGUGUUUUAGCGGUAUUUAAAGUUUGCUUGAUUUGACGCUAUAAAAUGCCGUCAAACCUCCCUGGCUCUUAAAACCCAAGCUCUUUGGCACCCAUGCCAAAAGUGUGAGGUGUAGCUUAGCUGUGAACUUAUUGUUGGUUAAACGUUAAUUUAUUAAUAAUAUGUUUGUGACCCCAGACCCAAACCCCCAGGCGUAACUUGGUCUGCCUGUUGCUGUGCAUUUUAAGUAGUAAUAAAAAUCUGUGUGAAUCGUGGCAUUGCGUAAAUUGACCUUUUUUUCUUUUCCCCAAUGCAACAUGCUACCUGUGGUGUACCUUUAUGUUGAGCAUACCUCUAACACGAAUGUACUUUUUUUUGGAAUUUAUGAAGGACAUUGUGAUGUUGUCGUGGUUAAGACAAAAAAAUAAAUAAUUGAAAAAAUAAAUGUCCGUCUAUAAUAA